AUGUCGAGGAGAAGCCUCAGAGGAAAGACAACCUGGCCAGAUACUCUUAGGCCUCUUGGUCCGGGAUUUCCUUUAAUCACGCCUACUUACACCCCGCGUGUCGAGGCCGAGCGACUUCUCGAAGAAUAUGCCUUCCCGAAUGAAGCAAGUCGCUCAACUGGAAGGAAUAUCAUUAUCAUCACAGGUCCUCCUGGAAGCGGAAAGACACAGCUGAUUCUGUAUUUCGUUGAGCGGAACCGCCAAAAAUUUGUAGAUGCCUACUUCAUUGAUAGUUCCUCAGAUGAACUUGUUGCGCACGGGUUCAAGAAAUAUAUACAACCAUCCGGAAUCGCAGAUCCUCAGGAAGCCCUCCGCUAUCUCGAACGCUCUCAAGCACCGGAGAAAGGGCCAUGCUUGAUCGUAUUCAACAAUCUUGUGCCCUCUGUCGACCUUACCCCUUAUAUUUCAACUUCGGACCAUUUCCUUGUCCUCAUCACGACACAAGCACAACAGUACCUUGCUGUCACACCACAUGCUACAGUGUAUCUCGGAGAGAUGACGCCGUCUGAAGCUGAGGAGUUGCUGGAACUCCAGCUGGCUUCCACGUCUGCAUCCAAAGAUACUCUGAAGAGGAUAGGAGAGGCGCUUGGGCACCAUCCCGCAGCGCUUACUUGCGCAACAGCAUACAUAAAUGCGUCGAAUACACCCCCAGAUGCUUACCUGUCACACCUCCAACCAGAGCUCAUAGCAGAGAGUGCUCGUUCUGGUUUUUAUCACGCUCCGACGUACGCAGCUCUUAGCGUCUCAUACAGAGCCAUUUCUAGUCGUUCUCAGAAGCUCCUCCUCCUCCUCUCUUCCUUCUUCCCUGGGGGUUUCCCAUUUCUUCAACUCGUCAGUCACGGAGCCCGAACUGGCUUCGACCGGGAGAUGUACCAAGCGAUACAGCGAAGUGAAAGGGAGAUAGACGACGCAGUAUCUCUUCUCAAACAAAUAUUUUAUGCUGGAGGCAGGUUUGACGAAGGGGGGAUCCUCAAGGACUUCGAGACCUUGAAACGAUUUAGGUUCACCUCCGAGGUCAAAUCUGGGGGACUGGUUCUAGUCUCUAUGGACGAAGAGGUCAAAUCCUGGGCACAGAACCGGAUGGACGAAUCGACCGCGGAGGUAUAUCGGACGGCGUUUAUUCGACUCCUUGGCUGCUCGCCUUGGGACGAAGAUCCCAUGGACCAGUAUCUGGCUCUACAGAUACUACUAGAGUUCGAAUCUUCCUUCGGUGAAUUCCACACCAACGACAAGGCCACCUUUGCCAGAGUUCUCUACCGUACUGGCGAUUACGAAAGGUCUCUGUUGCUCUUUGAACAAGUCGUCAACGACUUGCAGCAAAAGUGUGGGCCGUACCAUGAGGACAUUCCGGUAGCCCUCGCAUGGCUAGCGACUGCUGAGCAAGCAAACCAAAACUACGCAGAUGCCAAGGCGCAUAGAGAGACUAUCAGAGACAUGAUGCGUCGAUACUUUGGGCCCUUAGAUCCGCGUACAGUAGAAGCAGAGGUGUCGCUGGCGGAGACCUGUGCCAGGCUUGGCGAAAAUGAAAGAGCCAGAGAUCUGUACCAACAAGCCCUAGAAGUAAUGAGAAGGAGUCAGAGCGAAGAUGACCCCCUCGCCAUUGGGACAAGUGCAAAGCUUGCAAAUGUAUAUGAAGCUUUGGGUCAAAGAGAUGAGGCCGUGGCCCUCAGACGUGACGUCUAUAUUCGCCGGGCGAAGGUGCUCGGAAAAGACCAUGUAGAAACCAUUCUCGCCGCUAACAAUCUCGGUGUGGCCUACUAUAACCUUGCCAUGUCUCGCAGGAGUGCAAAUAGGGGCCAAGGACUGGCAAACGGAGAGAGGGAAAUCCAAGAGCUGCUCUCCCAUGCGGCGGAGCUUCAGGUCCAGGUUCUGCGUUAUCGAACAACAAUGCUUGGGGACUUAGAUCCUGAGACUCACCUUGCCACGAAAAAUCUGAUGUGGACGUCCUAUGAACUCGGCAGAUUGGCUGAGGCAGAACAAGCGGCCCGUGCCUUAUGCAAUGCUAGUGAAAGGCUCUAUGGGCCAAACAACUCUUAUACUUGGCGAGCCAGACUUGCUCUUGCUCUUUUCCAGAUAGACCUCUCGUCCGCCGAAGCAAUUCAACAGGACCUUACGGAAGGCGAUCCAGACUAUGCAUAUGCCACCAAUAUUGUGCGUGCUAUAAUGGCAAAGGGUAACAAACCGCAACCUGCAAAGUCACGGUUUCACCGAAGGGAGUUCUUCUCCGUCCCAUUCUUGUCAUUUGAAUAUCCUAAACCGACGCCCCCUACGACCAAACGUCCUCCCACUGAAGGCACAAAGAAAUCUUCGGGCGCCAUCUCUUUCUUCAAAUGGCCAAAAUCUAGUGCUAAAAGGGAUUCAGAACGGCAUGAGAAAUCAGUACACGUCACCAAAGACAAGUCUAAACACUCAAAUAUGCCCAAGUCGGUGACGGAGAUGCCGAGCAAUGAAGUUUCAGAUGGGCAGAUGAUAUCUGAAGAGGCCCAAAAUCUUGAUCAAACAGUCACAUUGGCAAGUUACUCACGGUCACUGGCCCUGGAAGACCCAGAUAAACGAGGACAACAACAGACGCAUAUUUGCAAAGUAUAUACAGACGUACCGUCUGAAUCCUUCAUCCAUACGGAACAGCGAACCAAGACAAAUCAGGUCGCAAUCAGUAACGCGGGUGUUGCAUUGGAAUCAUCUCUACCUGCCAUACAACAAGAUGCCGAUCAGACGCAGCGACCGACCCAGCUACACCUUGUUCGAACUGCCUCAACACAUCAGCCACCUGGUUCCUAUGAUAGCUUACCCAACACUGAGAAUGUCGAUUUGUACCCAAACAAGAGCUUGGCAGCCCUGAUGGAUUUAAAUCGACCCAAAGACUUGAGCGACCAGGUUCACGUUACAGAUAUUUGGGAUGCUGCACAUGGCGGCUUUGCAACUGUCUAUAAGGGUCAUUUUGGGGGCUCAAAUGUGGCCGUCAAGGUGACAAGAUUUCCAGCAAAGGGCAAUGAAAAAUGGCAAGCAGCACUCAAACGGCGAGUUCUCAGAGAAAUCAAUGUCUGGGCGGCCCUUAAACACCCGAAUAUCUUGCCACUCUGUGGCUAUUCUCAAAGAUUUGGUCUAUUCCCAGCCAUGAUCUCCAAGUGGUGCCCACUUGGUAAUGCGGCUCAAUUUCUUAGCAUGGGCUACUGUGAACCAGAUAUCCGAAUGAAGUUGAUGCACAACAUAGUAAAUGGACUCUGCUAUCUUCACCAUCUGGGCAUUGUUCAUGGAGACCUGAAGCCUCAAAACAUACUAGUAGAUGAUGGUCCAACAGGCAUGCUAUGUGACUUUGGCCUCAUACGCUUAAUGGAAUGGUGUGGGGACUCUGGAAUGACCACUACUUCACCAUACAUUGCAACUCCACGCUACACAGCACAGGAACUACUUAUCACAACUGAUAACGCAAAUCCUCGUGCUACAUUUGAGGGCGACAUCUAUGCCUUGGGCUGCGUUGGUCUUUACCUUAUGGAAGAUAGAGAGCCAUAUGCGCAAGCUCAAAAUGCAACUCACCUCCUUCAAUUGAUCAAAGAUGGUCACAAACCUGGCUUGAUCGAGUCUAGUACUAUUCAGGAUGCCGAUAUACAAGAAGUAUUCUGGGAGUUUUUAACAGCGUGCUGGAGCUGGCCCAACAUUGAAGACCGUCCCAGGAUCAAAGAAGCGGAGGCCCUCAUCGGAGAUUUGACAGGUUAG